GAAAUCGACAGCGGCCACCACUCACCAGGUUCUCCCGUACUUGCGAAGUAGAACCUCACGUAUACUCCCACGCCCUGGACACCUGUCCCAGUAGUUGUGUUGUGGACUACCAACGUGACGAAUAAUGACGUGUUCGGUAGUGGCCUCCGGAGGUCGGCGAACAGGAUGAGGCUGUCGCGCGGAAUUCGGCGAACAGUAUGAUCAUCGACGAGGAGACGCAUCGGCGGCCACUUUGGACAGUAAGAAGCCACGCGCGUCGAAGGCUCAAACGAGCCGCAAUAUGGCAAUAGUGAAGGAAGUCACCGACUCUAAUAAGCAGUGCGUCGAAGAGGAUCGUGAAGAGCAUCCGCAAUGACAUAACCGUGCGGUAAUCAACGGACCAAUAUUCACCGUCGACAUGUUCCAGUUUUUGCAUCUUCGUAGUCGUCUCUUGCAGAGUCUGAUACUGGGUCUGGUUGGUCUUACCUUCUAUGCGUAUUACCGGACUACUGUCAACGACAUACGACAAUUUGCUUCAGCACGUAACGGUCACCUGGUGAUGUACGACCUUCACCAUAUCAGUGGCAACGCCACAGAACAUGCUGAAGCACGGUUGGCACCAACAAAGAAUUCAACAAUUGGAGCACAGCUCUCUUCUAGUCUAAAUGGCAGCAGCUCUCACAACGGCAGCAACCUCUCAACGUUAAUCACAAUCCUGUCGACAUCCUCCAUCUCGCAAUCGCUGUCUUCCGCGAGUUCCUCGACGAUUUCAAAGGACAGUAGUGACAAGCCGAUAAAACAGAUAAGCAACCUGCUAAACAUGACAAGCACCAGCAUCUCAACAAUGAACAAUGCUUCGGCACGUGCCAUAUAUCAAUCCGGUCAUACUGUGUCUAUACCUGAAAAAUGUCCUAACUUCGGCAAGGACAUGCAGUUAGUAAUAAUAGUAAUGUCAGCACCGAGUCAUGUAGAAGCAAGGACCGCCAUCAGACAGACUUGGGGACACUUUGGGCAAAGACGAGACGUGAGCAUUCUCUUCAUGCUCGGUGCAACCUCAGACGUUAGGAUCGAGAGGAUUCUGGUGCACGAACAAUUAAUGUAUGGUGAUGUGAUUCGUGGAAACUUUCUAGAUUCGUAUUCAAAUCUCACAUUGAAAACAAUAUCAACUCUGGAAUGGGUUGACAAUUAUUGCUCCAAUGUACGUUUCAUCCUGAAGACUGACGACGACAUGUUUAUAAACGUGCCGCGGCUACUCUCCUUCAUAAGUAAACACUCCAAGGAUAAGAAUGUGAUAUUUGGAAGAUUAGCCAAGAAGUGGAAACCCAUAAGGAACAAGAAGAGCAAGUAUUACGUAUCACAGGCGCAGUACAAGCCCUCUAUCUUUCCAGACUUCACAACCGGACCUGCUUAUCUGUUAUCAAGUGAUGUGGUGCAUAAAUUGUAUAAGGCGUCUUUGGACCAGACAUAUCUCAAACUCGAAGACGUCUUCACUACCGGCAUUGUUGCUCAUAAACUCGGGAUCAAGCGUGCUCAUGCUAACGAAUUUCUGAACAAGAGAAUCUCGUAUAGUCCGUGUAACGUGCAGCGUGGUAUAAGCAUACACAUGGUUAAAUAUAGCGAACAGUUUGACCUCUGGAAAAAGUUACUGGAUGGUAAAAGUAAAUGCAAGUGAUAACGGACAAGAUGGAGGCUAUUACGCAUAAAUGUCACGCCCGAUAACUCAUCGUAACUCGUAUACUUAUUUGAUACUAGUUCACACCUCGGUACAGGUAUAUCUGUUCCGCUAGAUUACAAGCGUGUGUGUUCAAAGAACAUACGCACUAUGAAUAUUUUAAUUGACGUAAGUUAUACAAGGGUUGCAAUUCCUGAGUCUUGACUUAGCUAAAUAGGACAAGUAAGGGAAGAUACUAGGCUCAGACGACAUGAAGGUACAUUCACUUUUACAAUUGGACUAUUUCUAUUCAUACAUAACUUUUUUUUCGUUUACUACUCAUAUUUAAUAAGUUACUUUAAUCGCAUAAUAACGAAUCGCGGACUUUGCACUCAAGUCUUGGUCUCCAUUUCUUUAUUGUAAUUUUCUCGAGUGCCAUAGGGUAGAUCGACAGUAAAAUAAUGAGCUUAACUGAAGUAUCGUGUUCCUAUUUCAUUUCUUGGAAAGGGUUAGUCAUUAUCACAGCUAUAUAUACGUAAUUACAAAAUCCUAAUAAACAAUACUUUAACUCGAGUCUGGAAAAGACUUACUGGAGGUUCGGUGACCUGAAUGCUCAGCCAAGGUUCCCUUCGUUAGUAUGCGUCACCUAUUCACUAUACUUGAAAUAUCCUUGGCCCGUUUCACGGCGUAAAAUCAAGAUUGCUUCUUCGAAUUUGAUAUUAAUCGCCACCUUAGUGUUUAUGAUAUACGGAUAUACAUACAUAAUUAUAUACAGGAAUAUCUGUCUCAAAUCCAUCAGUUAGUUUUCAUUUUUAUCACUAUAUUCUGAUUACAUUUAUCUCAUACGCUUGAUUCUCUCAGAUAAAAAUCAAUAUUUUAGUUAGAUAUACAUUAUCUGACUAAUGGAUUUAACUUGAAUAAUCCUGUAUACAAUUGUUCCUGUUUAUAUCAACAUGUAAAACCAACCUGCGCAAUGUGAAGAAGAUUCGAAUAAAAUUCGAAUACGAGUUGACAAUAUAUAAAUACUCGCAACAAAACACGUGCUUAUGCGUACUGUCAGUGUAUGUGCAGUUAUGCAUAUAUACUCUAUAUAUGGACACAGAAUGAGAAAAAUAUUUAAAGUAGAUUUUUCAAUGUCGUGUCUAAUUUUAUUGGAUGCUCAACGAUCAUCGCUUAGCUGGAGAAUCGUUGGCGCAUAAAAACCUAUGAUAAUAUAUUUAUUUUCAUUCCUCUAUUCGUUCCACACGUAGGUCUGACCAUGUGUAUUUUUAUUUUUAUAUAUACCUGUAUCUAAAAAACGUGCCCUCACGAAAUCCAGUUCUGCCAUUGUGAGCGUAUACGGUGGACUACGGAAGUAUUGGGAUAUUGGAAUUCCCCACACGUAGGGUGUAACGCUUAUUCUAUAUAAAAUAGACGAACACAGUAGGGGAAUAUCGUCAAACUUUCAAAUUUUAUAUUUUAGACUUAACACCAAUAAUUAAUUGAAGACCAAUUCUUAAAAAUGAAAGAUAUUCGCUAUACCUAAUUGGCAGUUGUAAAGUGUUCGAAUGAUCAGCAAUAUGUCACAAAACUUUCACUCAUGUCUUACAAUAUACUGAUUUUGCUCAAAUUUACAUGUUUCGAAUAGUCUAUACAAUAUAACUCUCCUGAAUCCUCUCCGACAAUACUAUCCUAAAUUAAUAAUUGACAAAUGGCCACAGCGAAUCAAUUAAUUGACUCCAAUUUUCUCUUCGAAUUGACUUUACUCUUAUUAUAUAGCUCUAGUCAAUGUCUAGAUUUUGUUUAAAACAACCACAGCUGAAAGUAGCACAUUGGCCAAGUAAUGUUGUGGGUCGACUAUGAGCCUAAAAAUCUAAUAUACAUGUAUAUCGACACACAAGCGUUCACUGUAAAACACAUGUACACAAAAGCGAGCAGAGUUCGUAUUACUAUGAUCGGUACCAAAACCGGAUCCAAGAAUCGUCUCAGCGUAUCGAGAAAAAUUCCAGAAGUGAACGACAAGUCUUUCUUGCUAGAGUCGAUUGCUACCUUUCCUGAAAUGCUUCAAGCAUAAGAGUAAUGUUUCUCAAGGAAGUAAAACCCUCUUAGCAUUUACAAUCUAAUAAAAGAUUAUGCAACUAGCAUUAUUAAGCGCACCACGUUCGAUGUGUAUACAAGCGAUGAUAAUUAUAUGUAAAUACAGUCACUGUCAAUUAAUAUAUGAACGACAGGUACCGCUAGAUUUUUUUUCUCUUGUUACGAGUAGCUGGCACGUAAACUGGCUUCGCGAUUACUCAUGACUUAGACGCUUGGCAAGAAGUAACCGCUUUUCGAAUUUAUUAUUUUAAUUCAUUAAAUCAUAUGCCAUCGUGCUGAUGUGCACUCCUCACGUAAAAAUAGUUGGAAGAGACUGGUAACCACAGAGUGAAGGUGGAUUUCGGUGGGUCGCAUGAAAUUAUAAGGAAAAAUGUCUGUGGUGAAGCAUAUAACCUUUCUCUCUCGUGGUUUGAAGGAUUGCGUUACGCUUCUUCGUGAAUGCUUGGAAAUGUAUCUGGACUGUUGAGAGACGAAGAAAAAAGUUAAAUGAGAGAAAAAAGAGAGCUAUAACUCAACGAACCUUUCUCUUCCGAUCAUUAUUCUUGUAUCUCAUUGCGUACAGUUGCAUAUAGCCGUUUGUGUCACAUGCGAAUUCUUUAACUUGAAUUUAUAUUGAAUUUCGUGUUACAUCUUGAGAAUCCUUUGUAUCUGCUUUUGAAUUUCUUCCCGCCAGGUUUCAGCCACUGGAAUAUAUAGGUAUGGUUUGUCGAUUUAACUAAUUUGACGGAUCCUUACGGAAUUAAUAUGUAAUUAUGCUUUCUUACGAAUCGUCUAUGCUGGGUGUUGACUUUCUAGCUCACUUAAUGACGAUUUCAAAUUCCUUCAAGUUUCACCUCGACAUCCCUUUUUGACGGUCGACACGAUUUCCUUUGAGCUAUUUUCGUGUAUCGCAUUAACGGGAAUUUUGGCUUGUCAUUGCGUCAUUGCAUACGAUUGCUAGGUGCGUACAUAUUCACGUGAACCGUUAGAAAACCGGAAUGAUACUUGAACAUGGCGUAAAAGGUCUCUGCUGCAGUUGGAAUGUGGUUCUUCAUACUGUUUCAACUGGAACACAUACAGAAAAGAGUGUUUGCUUAUAUUCCGGUCAGUUAUUAUCACAGUAAUUAAAUUUUCACAUUAUUUUCCAAUAUCUUGUAUAAUCCAAACGAUUAAUCGUAAAUAUUAAUGUCUCGUCUGAUAUCCUAACCGCUCGAUUAGCCAAUGCUCGAUAAGCACAUUUCAAGGAUAAUUAUAACUUAUCGUUUCAAUUUUCAAUCUUUUACGAGGGUACACUCUCGACUCGGAUAUAAUCUCUAAUUUGCCAAGAUAGCGCAUAUUUCUCUUUAGUUAAUUGCCUUGAAGAAGCGUCUAAAUUACGUGCUUAAUCGCUCAUCGUUGCGCCAUCAUAGUAAACUGUGAUUAGACACGUGUCACGAAGGUUUCAUAUUUUUUAUUUUACUAGAUAAAUGGUUUAAAAUAUGUUUAUCAGAAAAUUUAUAUUAUUAUUUAUUACUUUGUGUAAAUAUUACUAUUUACUUUAUUAUAGAAACGUGCGUACUUUCGUUUUCUGUUAACUCCGCAUCCUGUUGGCAGUAAACGUACCUGCCGACAUAACCUCACGUAUAGUAUUCACGUUUACAUAGUGAUUCGAAUAAAUGCGGCAUUUGGCCAGCAUGCGAACGGACAGUUGAAAGUAAAAUCUUCAUUUGUGACAAUCGACUGGACGUGUUUUGUAUAAAUGUUAUCUUCUCAAUGUUCCCCUAUACGAAACGUCAUAAUUCUUUAUAAAUUUAUUGCUAUAGUUAAGCCGCGUUUACAUAUGGUGACUAUAAUUCAAUUUUGAAGAGUAGUGAGUUGAUUAUCAGUGAUACCUAAAAUUAGUGGCAUCGAAAAUUAAAUACUCAAAUACCGUCUGGAUGAUUAUAGAGGAAUUCGAAGGAAAUGCUUGAAGUCUCAAUGGCCUGUACGAAGCUCUCAGUGACUAUUACUCGGUGGCAAUUUGGAAGAUUCUAGAACUUUUUAAUAAUUAUAUUCAACCUUCCAUGUGGAUAAUGUAGUAGUAACAGAAGGAGUGUAAACAUUUUAGUGAUCGACCAUAUUUGUUGAAUUUUUAAGCAGUUUGUAUUAAAUAUAAAUAUUAUAAUGGAUAUGUAAUUAAGUUGUCGGAUAAUGUGUUUCCGCAUUAUCGAAACGAUGACGUUGCUCGUUAAUCUUAAGAAACUUAAUUUUCUAUGAGUAAAUGUAAAAUAAUUGUUAUUUCCCUCGAUGUAUUUUUCUGAUUGUAAAGUUAUAAUCUUAUACGAAAAACAAUUAAUCGAACCAA